UGCGUCGCAGAGGUAAACAGAAGCUGCUUGAGGUCGGCUACGUUGUGCGACACGCUGCGCUCUGAGCGUUUCUUCUGGGGUUUUACGGUGGCCCUGUGCUCUGUAGCCGCUGUGCACGUGCGCGUGAAGCUGACAGGACACGCGGGAUUCACUCCAAUUCAUUCACCAUGGUGUCGUACAAGCGCCUGAAUCCAGAAGAUGUCCAUUUUUCCACCUCGGUUUUGUCCGAGGAGCGUCGUCCAACUCCAGAGGAACUUCCUGUCCUGGAGCCUGAAGGGGCCUCGCUGCUCCCUCGCCAGCUGCCAUGCUCGGUCACCACAGGCCUGCUGGUGAUCGGCUGCCUGCUGCUGCUCCUCUGCGGCGGCUGGCUGCUGGGCACCAUGUUCUGGCUUCACGGGCCGUCCAGCCAGCAGCCGCACAGGCCUCCGCCGCCGGUUCCCGGACGAGCGGCGAACUCCACAGCGCAAACGCCCGUCAACGACUCUGCGGCCGCCUCCCGCAGGGAGGCCUGCGGCAGGACCCCCGAGGCGUGGAGGUUCGACUGCUACCCCGAGCGAACGGUGGUGGUGACCCGAGAGCUCUGCGAGGCGAGGAACUGCUGCUUCAUCCCCGCCGCCGCUCCGCCCGCCUCCAAGAAGCGCCACCAGAACGGGAUCCCGUGGUGCUUCUAUCCCGCUGACUUUCCCUCGUACUCUCUGGCCUCGCUGGACAAAACGCUGCUGGGGCAGAAAGGGAGUCUUGUGAAGGAGGUGAAGACCUAUUACCCCGGAGACAUCCUCACGGUGGAGGUGGAGACUCGCUAUGAGACAGACUCACGGCUGCACGUCAGGAUAACCGACCCAUCCAGUUCCCGCUUUGAGGUCCCCAUCCCGGUCCCCGCCGCCACCAAGAAGGCUGAAAACCCCGACUACGCCGUGGAGUUUUCCAAGCAGCCGUUCGGCCUCAUCGUGACACGGCGCUCUACGGGAACAGUGAUCCUGAACACCACCGUGGCUCCUCUCUUCUACGCCGACCAGUUCCUGCAGUUCUCCACCUCGCUGCCCUCGCCGUUCAUCUACGGCCUGGGCGAGCACCGCUCCACCUUCCUGCACGACGUCCAGUGGAACACGCUCACCAUGUGGGCGCGAGACGUGCCCCCCAUGGAAGAGACGAACCUGUACGGGGUUCACCCGUUCUACCUGAGCAUGGAGGAGGGAGGAACUGCUCACGGCUUCUUCCUGCUGAACAGCAACGCCAUGGACGUGGCCCUGCAGCCCGCCCCGGCGCUCACCUGGCGCACCAUCGGGGGGAUUCUGGACUUUUACGUCUUCGUCGGUCCCGAUCCUGGUUCAGUGAUCCAACAGUACCUGGAGGUUAUCGGAAACCCCGCCAUGCCCAUCUACUGGGCUCUGGGCUACCAUCUGUGUCGCUGGGGCUACAACACCAGCAACUCCACCUGGGAGGUUGUGAAGAGCUUGAGGAAUUCUGGGAUACCUCAGGAUGCUCAGUGGAACGACAUCGACUACAUGGAGCAUUUUAUGGACUUCACCUUUGAUUCUGCAAAGUUUGGAACGCUGCCCGACAUGGUCCAGGACCUGCACGCUCACGGCCAGCGCUACGUCAUGAUCCUGGAUCCGGGCAUCAGCAGCACACAGCCUGAAGGAUCAUACUGGCCGUUUGACGAAGGACUGAAGCGAGGGGUUUUUAUUAAAGACGCAGAGGGAAAAACACUGAUUGGAAAGGUGUGGCCCGGCCUGACGGCGUACCCCGACUUCUCGGACGAGGUGACUCACGAGUGGUGGUACGACAACCUGCGGCGCUUCCACGACAAGGUGCCGUUCGACGGGCUGUGGAUCGACAUGAACGAACCGUCCAACUUCCUCGAUGGCUCCACUAACGGCUGUCCGGAAAACAGCAUCGAACAUCCUCCGUACACUCCGGGCGUUUUGGGAGAUUUGCUGCGAGCCAAAACCGUGUGUGCCACGGCGCAGCAGAAACUCUCCCUUCAUUAUAAUGUUCAUAGUCUCUACGGACUCAUGGAGGCUCAGGCUUCUGCAAGCGCUCUGAAGCGGAUUGUGGCGAAGAGGCCUUUCGUGAUCUCUCGCUCCACCUUCCCCAGUCAGGGGAUGUACUCCGGCCACUGGCUGGGAGAUAACAGGAGCCAGUGGAAGGACCUUUACACCUCCAUCGCAGGCAUCCUGACCUUUAACCUUCUGGGCAUCCCGUUGGUGGGAGCGGACAUCUGCGGCUUCAGCGAGGAGCCGCAGGAGGAGCUGUGCGUCCGCUGGACGCAGCUGGGCGCUUUUUAUCCCUUCACACGGAACCACAACGCCAUCGACAUGCAGCCUCAAGACCCGACGGCCUUCAGCCCGCUGGCCCGGACGGCCAUGAAACAGGCUCUGCUGCUGCGGUAUUCCCUCUUCCCCGUCCUCUACACGCUCUUUCAUCACGCACACCUCCACGGACACACUGUAGCGCGACCGCUCAUGUUUGAAUUUCCAAAGGACGUCCAAACUUAUGCGAUCGACAAGCAGUUCCUCUGGGGGAAGAGUUUACUGGUGACGCCGGUUGUGGAUCCUGGAGUGGACCAGGUGGUCGGGUACUUCCCGGAGAGUCUGUGGUACGACUUCUACACGGGCGAUUCUGUGAGGAGUAAAGGGGAGAAGCUACAACUCGCAGCUCCUCUGGAUAAGAUCAACCUGCAUUUGCGUGAGGGUUCGGUUAUAGCAACACAGACUCCCAACCUGACGCUGUGGGUCAGCAGCGGUCAGCCCCUCCACCUGCUGUCGGCUCUGUCCGACGACGGCUCGGCCGGCGGCGAUCUGUUCUGGGACGAUGGGGAGAGCAUCGACACCUACGAGAGCGAGCAGUACGCCUACAUCGUCUUCAACGUGGCUCAGAAGGUCAUGACCUCUCAGGUGCUCCAUAACCACACGGAGGCCACGUUCAUCCCGGUGGCGUCGGCCUCCUUCUACGGCGUGAAGGAGAAGCCGAGCCAGGUGCUGGUGAACUCCCAGGACGCAACGUUCAACUACAGCGACAACCAGGUUUUGACUGUUGCAGAUCUCGGUUUGAAGCUCAGUGAGAACUUCACCAUCAGCUGGAGCUAAAACUCUCCGUCCUCACUUCUGUUUCCUGCUGAAACGAGAGACGAGUGCAGUCAGGAUGGAAACGCUUCUCAUCGUUUGGACUCUUUGCUCCACGGCGCCGGCGAGGAGACUGGAGUUGGACUUCCUGGAGAACAGAGAGGAGAAGUCGGGACACUGGGACGCAUGCUCACAGAUUCCGACCGAGCUCAGCUUGACCCUUAGGACUUUUAUUCUAAUCUUUGAUUCAAUCCAUCCAGAAAGAUGAGGUGCAAUAAAUGAAUGAGAGGACGAUGUAGAAUCUGGAGGCAGUUCAAGUUUUUUCUUUGGUUUUGUUUUUUCCAUGCUUGAAAGUUGUUUACAGUGUAUUUUGCACUUUUUGGAUGUAGACAGAGGUGCCUUACGAUUCCUUUCUUGCGUGUUUGUGAGCAGAUUUUAGAUUUUUUUUUUUCUUCUUCGUCUGUGUUCAGCUUUAAAUCCGGCAUGUUUCCAUGUCCGCAGACGGCGGUACUGAUGUGCAUGAGGCGUGCUGAAACUGCAAAGCUAAAUGUUGUUCUAUCCUUUUAACUGUGGUGUUUUUAAGUUUGGAAUCUUAACACAGAUGCUGUAAAAUGCUUCUCCGAAUUUUUAGGGCUUUUUUUUUUUUUGCUUUUUAAAAAAAGACUGAAUACCAGCUGGGACAAAUCUGCACCUUAGCCACAUCUGAGAAGCAGCUCGCUGUGAAUUAACGCCGCAAAACUGUGCAAAAUGGCCGAUUGUAUUAAGUAAACUGUGAAACCAAAAAUGAGAAGUAUUUUGUGACGCUCUGCGUUUUCAUUUUUUGUAAAUGCUGAAAUAUAAUUAAAUGAAACAACUAGAAGUC